GCCUCCGUCUCGGUCUCGGCCUCGGCCUCGGCCUCUUCUACCACAACCACAACCAGUGGGGCCCACUCGGACCUUCUGACCCGGCUGACCUCAUCCGAAUCCGAAGUCCAGCUCAAGGCUCUGAGGGAGCUCAAGAACCGCAUCAUCGGCAACCGGACCAAGAAGCUCUCCUUCAUCAAGCUCGGUUUGGUACCACCCGUCGCCGCCAUCCUCGCGUCCCAAGCCCAAGCCCAAGUCCAAGCCCAAGCCCAGGCUCAGGCCCGUCACGACUCCAAUCUCCUUGUUCAGUCCGCCGCUGCCCUAGGAAGCUUCGCUUGCGGCUUCGAUGCCGGAGUCCGAGCUGUUCUCGACGCCGGUGUGUUUCCUAACCUCUUCUUGCUUCUAUCGCAUCCUGAUGAUAAGGUUGUGGAUGCUGGUGCACGUUCCUUAAGAAUGAUUUAUCAGUCGAAACUAGCUCCAAAGUGUGAUUUCCUUCAAGAAAAAAACAUGGAAUUUCUUCUUUCAUUAUUGAAUAGUGAGAAUGAGAAUGUUACUGGACUUGGUGCAAGUAUUAUCUUACAUUCUUGUGAGAGUACUGCAGAGCAGAAGGCACUGUGUCAUGCUGGGGUUGUAAAGAAGCUAAUUAGCCUUCUUGAAGGUUCUCUAAGUCAGAGAGAUAAUAGUUUAGAGUCUCUAGCCACAGUUAUGAAGAACAAUGUUGAAGCUGUUUCGGAGUUUGUGGGAUCUGAAAGUGGAAGAGCUCUGAGUUCUGUAAUUGGAUUGACAAAGGAUAGGUAUCCCCGUACAAGAUUAUUGGCCUCUAUGUGCUUGAUUGUUAUAAGGAACACUUCUGCUUGCUAUUUACAAGAUAUAGGCAUCAAAACCAAGUUGGUGCAUCUCUUACUUGAACUUCAUGAUGAUCCUGGUCAAGUUGGAGAUGAAGCUCCCUUUGCAUUUUCUAGUUUAAUUUCAGAAAAACCAGAUCUACAGAAACUAGCAUUUGAGGCAAAUGCUAUUGAUAAACUUUACAACCACUUGCAAAAAAGUCAGUUACAUCCCAAACGUUUCCAAGGAAUAUUGCUGGCACUGGCUGAUCUAUGCUCAAAGUUGGAGAGCUGCAGGUCUAGAUUCCUGUCAUUGCAGGCGUUGAACUUGGUAUCUGAUGCGCUAACUCAUGAUAGUUCUGACAUACGUACUGCAGCUUGCAUGUGCUUGAGAUGUGUCUCUCGGUCGAUCAAGAAUUUGUGUGCAGGUAAUUUUUUGAAUGAAAUGAUUGUCCCUCCCUUAGUUCGGCUAUUAGAUGACCCUUCUACUUCUGUCCAGGUUGCAGCUAUCAGUGUUCUUGGCAACAUAGCAGUUGAUUUUACUAUGCGUAGGUCAUUAUUUGUACAGUGUGGAGGUGUGAAACAGCUUGUUCAGUUAUCAAAAUCAAUGGAUUCAACUGUGAGGUUAAAUGCUUUAUGGGCUUUGAGGAACUUGAUGUUCCUUGCAGACAAUGUGUGUAAAGAAGGGAUCUUCAUGGAGUUCACAGCUUCAUCAUUAGCAAGUGUCAUCUGUGACCCUGAACCUUUUGUCCAGGAGCAGGCUCUGGCACUUAUUCGCAAUCUAGUUGAUGGAUGUAUAAAGUCUGUUGAGCUUGUGUUUACUGAAGAUGGUAUGAUAUUAGAUGCUGUUCGGAGGCAGUUACAGAAUGCUUCAACAGAUGAAAUUUGGAUACAGGGAAUGUAUGUGCUCAGUAAUGUUGCAAGUGGGACGGAAUUUCACAAGGAAGCAGUUAUGCAUCAACUCAUCCCACAAGAAGACAAUGGGACACAAUCUUUUAUUCUCAAGUUUUUGCAGAGUAAUGAAAGCCAGUUACGUACAGCUGCAGUGUGGGCCAUUGUGAAUCUUACUUUUCCAUCAAGUCCUGGUUCAUUUAGCCGGCUUGUAAAACUGCACAGUGCUGGCGUAGUUUCUCAAAUAAAGAGCAUGGUCAAUGAUCCUUGCCCAGACGUGAAGCUUCGAGUAAGAACAGCACUUGGGCAAUUUACGACCUUAGGUGAUUGCUCAACAUGAUUUUCCUAUGCUUGAACCACUAGCAAAGAAAAGGAGUAAUGAUGAAGUUGUACUAGUUUUGACCUCAUUGAAUGUUCAGCCUUUCAAUUAUGGCUUACAACCACGUGGUGUAACACAAUGCUUUCAUGUUUUUUUUUUCUCCAGUCAGCAGUGUGGAAACUUUCUAUUUUGUGGGUACUCCUAACCAGGUUACCUUAAAAAAUACUCUCUGUUCAGCCUUUUGUAUUUUUGUUCCUUUGUUUUUUUAAACCCCUUUACUACCAUGUAUCAUAUGAUCAAUGUAGUUAUGUAACUUAGUGUACCAUCUGACUCACAUCGCAUUGUGUGUACAAUACUGUUGCAUCAUUUGUCAGAUUUGUAAACAUGCUGUAUACAGCGGCAAUCUUUUACUUCCAAAUGUAUAAAGUGACCAGUAUAUCGUGGCAUGUUGUUGCAUUGAUGGCCUUGUGGGAGCUCUGUGAUGAGGUAUCCGGCAAGGAUGCUCUGAUGCUACUGUGAUUGAGGUAGGGCUACUUGUGUUUGGAACGAAGCUCAAUUCUGUGGCUUCAAAAUUUAGAAAGCCCUGGGGAACAAGUAUCUAAAUUACCUGAUACAUUAUGAUACCCAAAUUUUCUUGUUAGGGAAAAAGAAAACCGAGAUAUUCUUGACUGCACUGGACCUAUACUGCAGUAUCGUAGUUAGAAAUAUAUGAGGUUUUAGAUGAGCUCAUAUAUGAACAGAUGAUACAUUGCUACAACAGUUGAGAUUUAAAGGUAUGGAUUGUUUUUGGGAGAAACUUAUGAGAAUAUAAUUGAUUUACUA